AUUCCCCUUGAUUAGAUGAUGUGAUAUACCAUGCAAAACCACAUAUAAAAGGUGGACUCCGCCUGUUGGAUUUAGUAAAAAUAUUUAAAUAUUUGCCUGAACAUGAAGUUGGUUAUCUUACUAGUUUUCCUGGGUGGAUGCUGGGCUGCACCAGCUGACUGCGGAUGCUCAUAUGAUCACGGAAAUGGACAACCAGGUUGUAAGACGGCGGAAGAAUUAGGACGUUUGUGGAGAAAUAAUUGGGAUCCUACUGCCUAUUGGAAGUGUGAAGCAGCUGGUCAACCUGCUAAACUGGUUCGAUGCUCAGGACAAGCUUUCUCGGACGCAGAACAAAAAUGCGUCGAUUGGUCUUGUUGGGUAUGGACACCACCAUGCGAUCCGCCCUCAAAACCUUAAUCGGCCAUGAUGUAAACAUUGUAUGAAUAUGUAUUUAUUGUCAAUAAUAGGUGAAAAUAAUAAUGAAAAAUAUAUUUUUUGUGAGCAAAUAA